AAAUUCAUUGUUAAUAACAAAUACUCUUUGUAACGAAUUUAAUGAUUUAAUAAAUGAAUUAUUGACUCGAUUUUAAGCGAAGCAAGAACGCAAUCGAAAUGAUUCGCUUCGAUUCGAUCUCAUCAAAAUGUUAUACAUUUCGAACGAGCGAGCUGUCUGAUUAAAAUCAACCACAUAUACUCUGCGACAAGUCGAGUGCUUAGAGAUAAUUGCCACGUACUUCAUUCGUUGUACAUUCCAUAAUUACUCAGUCCACGAAUCUGUCGGUAAGGUCACGGUCGUAAUCUCGUCGCCCUCGUGUGAACGAAUACACACAUACACACACUAGUUUAGAGAAUGGACAUGCGCGUAGAACAAUAUGCACGUGCUAGGACGUAUGUGUUGUACGAUUGGCGCGUGCGUAAACACGAAGAAAGAGAGAAACUUUCGCGACUGUUCGAGGAUGGCGUCGAAGAAGACUAGAAAGAACCAUUCGAUACAACAUCUUCUCGAAUUGCCAUCCAGUAGAGAGACAAAACCAUCGCAAUUUUCAACGAAAGAACCAACUCGGUCAUUGCCGAUUUCUACUCCCCGCCAGGUGCCAAUCACCGUCUUGCAUCCCACACCGAAAAAGUUGUACUUGAGCAAAACACGACAGAGUGGACUUUUGGAAGAUCCACAACAAUCUAUCUCGCGAGCAGCUUGUUUAAAUCCACGCCAACAAGAGUCGUCCCUUGCAAGGCGGGACUAUCCCCGCCAAAUCAUGAACAAGGUGGACGAUCGUGUAAGAUCGCCAAAUACGUUACGAUGUGUGACAGCUACCACGUCGCUCUCUAUUUCGCCAUUAAGUCCUGAAGAACCUGUCACGCUGGUGGAACUGACCAGCGUCCCAGGCGGGCAGAAUGCGAUGGCACAUCUCAAAAAGCGGAAGCUGGAAGCAGAGUCGAUUAGUUCGAAUCUUAAACAACCGCAACAGCAACAGCAGCAGCAACAACAAUUGCAGCAACAGCCAUUACUGACAAACAAAAAGGGUUCUCAAACUAGCGUUCCGAAAGAAAUGGAGGUAACUGACGCGGCUGCUAAAAGAAGAAGAAAAAGUGUUCGUGAUGAUGAAAUACGCAAGUCGGUCGAUGCCGUUGAUCCAAAUAAAAAUAUAUCUUUACCCCAAAAGAAACGAGCUUUCGCUUCCGGAAAUUCGGGAAGUCCAGCUAGAAAAUCUAGUAAGCAUUGUGAGGAACCCGAAGACGAUGAAACUCUUAUAAGAGAAACGGAAGCAGCUUUAAAGAGUUUGUCUGGAAGUUGGCCUGGCCCGAGAGGAUCCUUAUAUCAGAGAGGAAAUUCGGAGGAAGACAGGUACGAGUCUAAUUUCGAAAAUCUUUUCGAAGAGAAGAAAGAAAAUCCAAAAUUAUCGCCUUCAUCAUUGUCUACCUCGUCAACGACCAGCACUGACGCUGGAUGUUCGUUAAAAGACGUAAUAACGUUUCGUGGUCAACAUGAUCGAAAUGGUAGAUCACAACAACCGAUGAAACAAGAACUUAUGAAGCAACAACAUCCUACAAAAGGCAAAAAAGAAUUUGACAACUUGAUCAAAAUUGAAAACGAAUGCGCAAAUAUUCAAUGUCAAGUAAACAAUACGUGUCAAAAUGAAUCCGGUAAGAUCCGACCGGUGCCUGUACGAUCUUUAGCCGGCAAAGACAGGAGCGAAAGAAAUCUUGUGGGUACUCACGUCGAUCCUCAAGGUCGUCAAGUAGACAAUAAAUAUUCCAGAUACGAACCACCAGAUUUUAACGAAUUAGUUGACGAUUCGUCGAAUGAACUAGAAAUCGACAUGUCAGAUCCUACCCCUGAUAAAGAUGAUACCACGGGAGAUAGAACAAACGAUCGUGACAGAGAUAGGAUGUGUAAAAAUGCACAAUCCCCUUCCAUUAUUGGAAGACAACAACAAUCGCAUCAUCAUCAACACUACGCAGGAUAUCAAAGGCAAUACCAUGAAAAUAACAUGAAGAUCUCCCCUACAGCAACGUCCUCUAGUUCUCCAGUACCAACGAAUUCUCCAUUCUCGGCAACUUCUGCAUUCAGGCCUCCUAACAAUGAUCAUUCAAAAAAUACCUGUCGAAAUACACCAACGGUACCAGUUGGUGCAACUCCUAUACCACCUAUUGGUCCAUAUCCAGCUUCAGCUACAUUCGUAGGCUAUCCAGCACCAGGCCCUGGUCCAACAAUGCCCACUCCUCAACCUGUCCCUGGUUUAUCACCAACGGAGGACAAACACUCACCGACCGUUUCUUUGUUGCAAUUAAAGUCAUCGAAGGAGGAAUCGCAUCAUGUGUCGGUACACGAUCCUACAUCAAACACGGUACCGAGCAGUAAAAGUCCAACAGGCCUUCCCUCAGUGACAAGUCCAGAUUCGUCGAAACAAUAUACAAUUCUUCAACCCGCAGGAGUAGGUUCUAGAGCUGCCAGUGCUAUUCAAGAUAUUACUAGAGAAGGAGUAGUCAGUGUCGCUGCAGUUAGCAAUUGUAACACCGGAAGCAGCAGUACGAAUAACAGUAGUAAUAAUAAUAGCAACGGAACUAAUUGUAAUCGUAAUGUUACCAACAAGAAUACGAGUAACAACAAUGUGAAUAAUAAUAGUAACAAUAGUGGAACUAAUGGAAAUUCGAACAGUAAUGUAACCAGCAUUUCGAUCACUGCUGUUUCUACCAGUACCACCUCUAGUUCCACAACUACUGUUGAUGGUUCAUCUGGAAGUGGAACGGGACAACAAGAAAAUAUGAUGAAAAUGCCAGAAAGACCUAAUACAUUCGACGCUAGCAGACCAGGAAUGUCCAUGUCUCCGUCCAGUCUCAGUAGAGAAGGCAACAAGUGUCCAACCCCAGGUUGCACGGGGCAGGGUCACGUGACCGGACUCUAUUCCCAUCACCGCAGUCUUUCUGGUUGUCCACGAAAGGAUAAACUAACACCUGAAAUUCUAGCGAUGCAUGAGACUAUUUUGAAAUGCCCGACGCCUGGUUGCAACGGCCGUGGUCAUGUCAGCUCUAAUAGGAACACGCAUAGAAGCCUCUCCGGGUGUCCCAUAGCUGCGGCAAAUAAGCAGGCCGCACGCGAAGCACGACACAAGGCACAAGUGUCAGGAAUACCUCCAGAAUAUAUCAGCACAAAUCUACUGCCACCAUCAAUGGACAGCAAGUCCUAUUCGCAGUACUCGUCUGCGGGUCAAGAUACAAAGCCAGUGAUAAGUUCCUUGACUUACGACUAUUAUGCUUCGACGAAAAGCACAGGGAUAAAUGUGAAGCCUCCGAAAACGUCAGAGGAAAGUCCACCUUCUCGCCCAAGCAAGAUAGUUCCUAAGACCGAGAACAUGACUGCCAGUGGUAGUUGCUGCAAUCCUUUACCAAGUAGAGGUCAAAAUACAUCGGACCUGUUGGUACCUAAAACGGAAGAUACUGUAUCAUGCCGUGUGAAUUCGCCACCACCUCCUCCACCACCAACAGUUCGACCUACAUAUGACUCUUAUAUGAAUCAAGACUCAAAUUCCUCUUCAUUGUCAUCAAUGGAUGCAAUGGGCUCAAGGGGUACUAUAGGAGGAAGUAUACAUCAUCCUAAUCAACAUCCAACACAUCAUGUUUUACCAAUGCAACCGACCGUCGCUUAUCCCAUGCCAAUGGUCGAAGAUACAAGAAUGAGCCAUCAAAUGUCACAAAGAUCACCAUACGAAUCUUCAGCAAUGAUGGCUGCUGCUGCAGCCGCAGCAGCAGCUGCCACUACUAGUGAAGAACUUUAUCAUCACAGAUCUGCCGAACAUGCGAGAGCAUAUAUACAUCCAGGAGCAACCAAUAUCGCACGACCUGUAGUUACUUAUUCGAAUGAGAUCGCCGCUGCAAGAGGUUACGAAAAUGCAAUAGCCAACGCUGCUAAUCAUCGACCGUACGAUCCAGGUACUACGUCAGCAUACGAAAGAUACGAUGCACAAACUUGUGCCCCAAUUCAAGCUCAACAGCAGCAGCAACAACAACAACAGCAACAGCAGCAACAACAACAACAACAGCAACAACAACAGCAGCUGCAUUCAAGAUCGAAUAUGUAUUAUUUGGGGCAGACCGGCAUGACGCCCGAGGAACAGGAACGCGUUUAUCAUCAGGAAGCUGCAGCCGCCGCACAACAACAUCAAAUGGUUAUGGCUGCAGCUACGGCAGCAGGCAUGAUGAAAACAGAGGAUGUAAAAUGCGUGACAGUAGCACAAGUUCAACAAAUGCAAAAGCCGGGUGGUCCGCCAACAUCUCCAGGUGGUUCAGUGAUGGAUCUAUCCACGUCAAGUGUUACUUCGACCAGUCCACAGGCUCCUCCUUAUGGAUCGAGCAGUCUCAGUCCGCAAUAUGGAGGAGGUCAAACUGUCGGAGGCAGCCCGCAAGCUGCUGCGAGUCCUCACUUGACUGCCAGUCCUCAAGUCCCUAGUCCUCAAGGCCAAACAUUGGACCUUAGCGUAAAUAGACUCCAUAGUGGUGCACCAAGUCCUCAAUACUCCACGGGUCAUGGAGAAGCCGUAGCGGUGCCAGUAGGUCCAGGCUUUCCGGCACCACGACCAAUCGAGGAACAAACCGAACCCGUAGAUUUCUCUACGGCGAACGAACCAGUCAACUUCAGUGGGGGUCCAGGAAUCAGGCCUGUCCCAGGAUUCCCACCACCCGGUGUGCACGUUGCUGCAUAUAGUCGUGAAAGCACUCCCGACAGUGGAGGUUCCCACUAUAUGGACGCUUACCGAGAUCCUACUGGAUAUGGACCUAUGAGCCCACAUCCAGGUUACGGUAUGGCUGGUGUACAGCCAGAAUAUCCUGGAAACACUUAUACUCCCUACCCCACCGCUGGUUACAAUUGUGGUGGAACUUAUCCUGCAGGUCCAGUAACUUCCGGAUACCAAAUUCCAGCAGGUUAUACCCCAGCACCGUGUUACAGUAUGCCGCCGCCACAACAUACCGUCGGACCUCUCGAUAAACCAUCUGGUAAAGAUGACAGCCUCUCUGGUUGUCCGCGAGCCGAUCGUUCUCAAAUUCAAGCGCACUCUCAAGAGUUAAAAUGCCCCACGCCAGGAUGUGACGGAUCUGGACACGUCACGGGAAACUAUUCGUCUCACAGAAGUUUGUCUGGUUGUCCACGAGCUAAUAAACCGAAAAGCAAACCUAGGGAUGGACAGGAUUCUGAACCAUUGAGAUGUCCUAUCCCAGGUUGCGACGGAUCUGGCCAUGCUACUGGCAAAUUCUUGUCACAUCGCAGUGCAUCCGGAUGUCCGAUUGCAAAUAGAAACAAAAUGCGUGUGUUGGAGUCUGGUGGAACAGUCGAACAACACAAAGCAGCAAUUGCAGCGACGACAGCGAUGAAAUUUGAAGGUGUCAAUUGUCCUACUCCCGGCUGCGAUGGUAUCGGUCACAUAAAUGGCUCUUUCUCCACGCAUAGAUCUCUCUCUGGUUGUCCUAUAGCCGGACAUGCUGUCAAGAAGCCGAAGUUCGAGGAUAUGUCCAGCAUGUACAGCAAAGGAAUCCCCGGGGUGGACGCCGGUGGUCCGGCUCACGGGGGUGCGGUGGGCGCGGGUCAGGGUAACACGAGCGGUGGUGGGUCCACGAGUGCCCAGGGCGAGGACCUCUAUACACUGGAGGCUGAAAUCACAGAACUCCAAAGGGAGAACGCUCGAGUUGAGUCGCAAGUACUGCGCCUGCGUUCCGACAUCACCGCCAUGGAGAAUCAAUUGAAGCAGGGCGAGAAGGAAACAACGGCGAUAGCUACACGAAACAAUAACCUGACGGAGUACUAUCAGUCGUUACGCGAUAACAUGAUAACGUUGCUGGAACACGUACGAAUACCCAACGCCCCAGGUGGACCGCAAGAGAAAAUGGGCCAUGAGAAUUUUGAUAGUUAUUUGACAAAACUGCAAACUCUGUGCACCGCCGACGGCUAUUGUGCCGACGAAACCAAUCGACCGAUCUACGAAACAGUGAAAACUGCUCUACAAGAUUUCACGGUCCUGCCGACACCCAUCUGAGACCAUCCCUAAAGUUCAACGAUCGAGUACAGUGUCGCUCGAACGUCUUUGAUAAAGUGAUUAACGAUAAUGCUCAAUCAAUUUUACCCAUCUACAGGUAAAAUUCGUGUACACUGUAAAGAGGAACUUCGCAUUAUCGACCAACCUGGGAAUUAUCUUAAAAUUAAUUAAAGGGUUAAAAAAUUCUUUCUCUUACACAUAAUGAUUCGAGUCAGGUAAACAAAUUCGUUCAAAAUCGUUCGAGAAUAUUUGAAAAAAUAAUAAACAAUUUCAUUAAACAUCUCGAUCGUAUUCAAUGAAACAUGUCAGGUGUCAAAACAAAUUGAUUAUAAAGACUAAAGAUGUCUAAUUUCGCAUACAGCGAUAUCUUUUGUACAUACGAAAAUUAGUGUCGCGUAAUUCUUAAAAUCAUCGAUGAUAAUUACUUUAGCACUUUGUAAAUACACGAAAGAAAAAACAUUUAUAUUAUUCAAUAUGUUGUGGUUACCUCUUUAAGGCAUGUAAAAAAGGGACUAGCUUAGAUGUAUAUCAGAUCUCAUUAAUAUUACUAUUGUAUAACUGUUAUUACAUAAUUAAUUAGCAUUAAAAUUAUCACAGGAGCCAAUAUAUACAAGAUGCCGCUAACGCUGCUUCAGAUAAGUCAAAGACUACUUAUAAAUGAUUAUUAUUGGCGACUAACUUAUUGCUAAUUAAUAUUAUUAAUAUUAUAGUCAUCGUUAUUACCACCAAAAACAUUUCUAGUGCUACUCCAAUCGUCAUUAUUGCAACUACUACUCUUGCUACUGUCGAUAGUAUAUCACUACGAAUAUACCAAAAAAUACAUUUAUAAUGUCUACGACUUUACGAGAGGAGGAAUUGCAAAAGAGAAAAUUCAUGUCCAUAUGCUGUACAUAAUUACAGAGUAAUACGGUUAUUAUAAGGACGUUCUUCAAGAAUCGCUAUAGCGAGAAAGAUACGAACAACGACAAGUUGAGAAGAAUGCGAGAUCUGUUAUGGUCCAUACGUAGCCAACGUGAUUAGACGGAUGUCAAUCUUAAACAAGGUGUAUUAUCGAAUUUAUAAAAUAUAUGAGCGAUUCAAAAAUACACAAGGUUCUAAAAACGCCGAUCGGCCAUCGAUUGCAUUAGAUUAAAAUGUGAUUUGAUCCAACUAGAUUGUUCAUACGUGCAAUAAUUUUAGGAUGCAUCGCAUUCGAAUUUUCUCCAUAAAAAUCAACUGUGUACCAUCGCGGUGAUAUACAUAUAUAUUGGCAUAGAUUGUUAAUGUUCGGUUAAUUUGUUCACGUUCUUCUUUGUUAUUAUACAUUCAUGUUCGUUUUAUUGCUAAACACGCAAAGAGCAUCUGUAAAUAUUGAGAAGUCACGAGCAACGGUAGGUGACAAAAUCUUCGAUCCCUCCUUUGACAUCAGUUACAAAUAUAAAAAUUUUCAAAGUUCGAAUUCUUAACUAUUUGUCGAUAGUAUAUCGAAGAUGCGAAUAGACAUCGGAAGAAUAUAUUUAAACUAAAGGAUAUUUAAAAAGAGGAUAAGAACAAAUGAAAAUAGAUAUGUGAGCAAAAAUUUGUUGGUUUUUCGUUAUCGUUAAUAUUAUAAUUUUAUCAUCAUAGUCGACCUGCUUUUAGCUCACCGUAAAAAGAAAUGGAAAAGCAUAAAAACAAAUAAUUAGAAAAAAAUCCUCCUAUGAAAAUUGUUACCUACUGUUACCUCUCGUCUUUGCGUUGUCAGAAUAUAACGAUUUUAUGAUUGUACCUAUAAUAAUUAUUAUUAUUAUUAACUCUUUGUCAUUGUCAUUAAGAUUAUCAUCUCAUUAUUACUGUCGUUACGUUCUCUUCAUUAUUACGAUUACUAUUGUUGCCGUUGAUGAAUUUCUACUGAUAUAUUAGUUCAAUAACAUGCUUUAAGUAAGUAUAAAUGUUACUCCGAUUGAAUAAAGGGUAUUUAUCGAUGAA